CUCCCCCGCCGCAACGUCUGACGUCCCCGCGCAGGGGCACCAGCAGCACCUGCAGCAGCGCUGCCGCCGCCGCCGCCGCCGCCGCCGCUCCGGACCUCGGGCAGAGGAGUGGAAGCGCGGACAUGACGCUGCAGUGGGCAGCGGUCGCAGGCUUUCUCUAUGCCGAAAUAGGACUCAUUUUAAUGCUCUGCCUACCGUUUGUUCCUCCUCAGAGAUGGCAGAAGAUUUUCACGUUCCCACUCUGGGGUAAAAUCGCAACUUACUGGAACAAGGCAUUCCUUACAAUUAUUGUCCUGUUGAUUGUUCUGUUUCUUGAUGCUAUGAGAGAAGUGAGGAAGUACUCUAUCAGUCAUGGGCCUGAAAAGAGUUCAAGUAGCAAUCCCAGUGCUUAUGAACAUGUACAGAUGAAACUGUUUAGAGCACAAAGGAACCUUUACAUUUCUGGAUUCUCCUUAUUUCUCUGGCUUGUAUUGCGACGUCUGGUUACCCUCAUUACUCAACUGGCCAAAGAGUUGGGAAUCAAAGGAGUGCUGAAAAUUCAAGCAGACAGUAACAAUGAGGCUGCCAAAAAAUAUAUGGAAGAGAAUGAAAGGCUAAAACAGGCAUUGGAGAAAACUGGCAAGGGAGAUGAACAGAUGACAGAUACAGAAAAUAAAAAACUAAUGGAAAAUGUGGAAAAACUGAAAACUGAGUUAAAGAAGACUUCAGAUGCCCUUUCUAAGGCACACGAUGAAGUCACCACAAUGAAGAAGCAAUCUGAGAGUCUUUCAAAGGAAUAUGACCGCCUUCUAAAGGAGCAUACACAGCUUCAGGAAAUUUUAGCAAAGAGUGAAAAGAAAAAAGACCUCUGAAAGAAGAUUGAGAUGUGGUAAAUUGAUGCCAUCUGUAUUGAGGUGGUGAACUGAUUUAACAAGUUUGGCCUUGGUGGCCUUUAAAAUGAAAUGAAAUGUUAAGAAACAAUGCACUGUUCAUCACUAGCCAAUCAUAGCUCUUGAAUGCCAUAUAUGUAUCCUGUGUUGCAAUGGCAAUAUCAAUAAUGUAUGCUAUAUUUGGUUGUGUGUCAGAUCUGCUGUGAAAUCUGUACCCCAGCUCCUGAAAAGGAAAAAAAGAAGUAUCCUAAGCACAGUCAUUACAUACCAAUAAAUACCA